UUUUCUUUUCAUUUUCGCUCUUCGUACACACAAAAUUGGUCAUCGCGUUUCGCCUCCUCCCUCCAACUUAUUCUUUUUUCUCCUGUCAGAUACUUUCACCCUUGAAAGCUUAUUUCGCAGUUUCAAAUUGGAUCUUCCACCAUCAGCGUUCUCUAAUAUUGUGCCACCAUCACAUUGAUGCAUUUCUUGAAAAUUUUGAUUAUUGCAUGGACGGGUUGGCGUGUUGCCAAUGCGAUCAGCAUCGACAAUGAGAUCAUCGGCGAACCGGAUAUUGAGUGUCUCGAAGAUGAAAUACGAAUUUGGGUGAAGACUAGAAAAAUCUUCGCAGGAAGAAUAUAUGCAAAGGGAAGAGCUGAAUUAGAAGACUGUUAUAAAGAUGAUUUUGGAAAUCAGAAAACUCGAAAACCACAUUUCGAUUUACAAUUUGGAGCGUGUGGAAUGAAAAGUUUAAGAUCGGUGGAUCCACGUGGAAUGUACUACGGUAUCACAGUCGUCGUGUCUUUCCAUCCCUUAUUCAUCACUAAAGUUGAUCAAGCAUAUCAUGUGAAAUGCUUUUUUGAAGAAGCAAAUAAGGGGCUGACUGCUGAGUUGGGUGUUAGUAUGAUUCCAACGACAGAAUUAGAAGCGAGACAUGGAAUACCUGGAUGCACAUAUUCAAUUCAUAGAUCUACAAUUGACGAAUUAGAUGCUGGAAGGCCAGCAGGAAAUGUUAUUCAAUUUGCAAGAGUCGGAGAAAGAGUUUUACAUCAAUGGCAUUGUAAUGAUCAAAUGUACGGAGUACUCAUCAAUAACUGUUAUGUGACUGAUGGGUUCGGAAAGAAAGCUGAUGUGAUUGAUGAUAAAGGAUGUCCAAUUGAUCCGAUCCUUAUCACGGGUAUUCGUUAUUCAUCAGAUCUUCAACGUGCCUACGCAGAAUCGUCUGUAUUCAAAUUUGCUGAUAAACCUGGUGUAUGGUUUUUCUGUCAAGUUCAGAUGUGUAUGAAGAAACAUGGAAUGUGUGAUGGGAUUACGCCUCCAUCAUGUGGAUCAAUGUCUCGAGUAAUAUCUGUUGGAGGAGAAGAUAAUGGUGGAUUUGAAGAAGAAGAAAAGGCGCCUUCGUCUCGACGAAAAACAACACCAAAACCAUCUGGAUCAGAUUAUGAUUAUGAGAAUGAAAAGCCACAACAGAAAACUACGAAUGCUCCAAGAAGAUCCACAACAGUUUCAAGGGAUUAUGAUUAUGAUAACGAAUCACCAAAAUUACAUAGUCCAAACUCUCAUUCUUACAACAGUGUGACACCUCCACUCGACUAUGAGUCAGUUACAUUGACUGCUUUCUCUCCUCCAAUUAAUCCAGCUACUGUAGGAAUAGAGAGCGUAUCGAAAACUUUCGAAACAGAGGACGACUUGGCUUCUUCUUCAGUGACUCCAGAGCCAAAGAGCAAGAAAAUUGGAAAAAGCGAUUAUAACGAUUAUGAUGAAGUGACGAUUCCGCCGAAUUUGACCGAUCUGCUCGCCAAUCUACCCGAUGACAUUAGCAGUGACAGUAUUCAGAAAAUGUUGAGAGACUCCGUGGACAAUCCAAAAGCAUUGCUCGCAGAAUUUGGAAAAUUAAUGAAAAAUAAGAAACUGAAAGCGGAACGAAAGAAUCGAUCGAGAAAUCUACGAGAAUUGAAACCGGGAGACUUGAGAUCUGGGGAGAAAAUUGAUCAGAUUGAGGUUGAUUGGACAUCAACCAGAAGACGAGAUGUCCCAGCAAUACCAGAAUUUGAUGGAAAUUCGAAAUAUGAUAAGCCUAUGUUGGCUGGUCAGUUGCUCAUUUUCGAUUUGGAUGAAGAGCCACCAAAUGAUGUCGGACUAGACAAAAAUUCAACAAAGGAUGCAUCCACAGCGUGUUCUGUAACAAAAGAUGGUCUUCUUGCAAUAUUUGCUGGAUUUGGAGCAAUUCUAGCAGCACUAAUUUCGGCUAUUGGAUUUUUGAUAAUUAGACUGAAAAGUCAGACGACCCCAAUCGAUCAAGCAACUCCAAUUUUCAAUCAAUAUGCUCGAAAACGAUUUUUCGAAUCUGCAUCCUAAAUUCACUUUCCGUUUCCAUGUUUUUCGCCGACAUCUCUGUGCAAUUCACCUCUACUUUUUCCGUCUUUCAUUCGUAAUCCUAUUUUCCAGGGUAACAUAACAUCUCAUCCUUUAUUUCCUUCUUUUUUUUUGGAUUUUUAUCAUUAAUUUAUUUUGGCCCAUACGCAUUGUUCAUUUUUACAUAAUACAUUAUU